UAAUGAUAUAUAUGUUUAGACGAAAAUAUCCUCACUGAAAUUUGAAUAUCCCAAUCCUGUCCUUCACCCUACUACCCUGCAUUCUCUCAUUCGGUGCACCUUUUCACAAGCUGCAUUCACGAAUCCCUUGCAGUGUCGCCAUUGAAAUCGAAAGUAACAAUGUGGAGGUCGAUACUCUCAAGACAAAGAUGUGUUCCUCUUCGCAACUUCAACGCCGCCUCUGCUUCACCACUGAUUCAGGUUCUUCCUCUCUCUAAUUUCAUACUAAACCCUACACUAUCAACUACACCUUCUUCUUCCUUAGGUUUUCCUCAAAUUUCACUUCUUUCCAAUAACCCUAGAUUCUUCUCUCAACAAAUCGCUACUCAAAACGAGGAUGGUGCUGUUCAUCUCGAAAAUGAUGACGUUCCUGUUCAGAAUGAUGAUGGUAAUGAAAACGUUGUUGGAGUAGAAGAGGAAGAACAGGUUUAUCAGUUUGAUGAUGAAAAAUUGGAGAAAGUUGUAUUUUUUCUUCAGAACGAAGAAGUUAGUGAUGAUGGGUCAUUUGAGUCUACUCUUAAUCAUAUGGAUUUGAAUGUACAUCAAGAUUUUCUCAUCAAAGCUAUUGAAAAAAUCGAAAUUGUUUCUGUUCAGAAUCUUGUUAGGUUUUUAAACUGGGUUUGGAGUGAGAAUUCGCGUAAGGUUACAGCUCAAGUUCUAGAGUUUUUUGUUGUUACAAUAUGUAACAGUGGUGGUUCAUUGAGGGACAAAGAUGUGUACUCUUUGUGGGAUUUGGUGAAGGAAAUUGGGGAGAAAGAGAAUGGGGUUGUUAAUGUUGCGAUUCUUAAUGAGUUGGUAAGUUCGUUUUCGAAAUUGGGAAAAGGGAAGGCUGCGUUAGGGGUUUUGGAGAAAUUUGAUGGGUUUCAGUGUGUACCGGAUGCAGAGAGUUAUUACUUUACGAUUGAAGGUCUUUGUAGGAGAUUAGAUUUUGAUUUGGCGUGUUCUGUGUGUCAGAAGAUGAUUGAUGCACAGAGGAUUCCUGAUGGUGAGAAAAUUGGUAGAAUGUUGUCUUGGUUGUGUAAGGGUGAGAAGGUGAAAGAAGCUCAUGCGGUGUAUAUGGCAGCGAUGGAGAAUAAGAUGUAUCCUCCUUUGUCUUCUGUUGGUUUUUUGGUUGGUAAUUUGUGUCAUAAAAAUGAAACUGUACAACUGGCUCUGGAGCUGUUGAAUGAUAUCCCUGCUGAGAGGAGGAAACGUGCAAUAAAGCCGUUUUCGGCUGUUGUUCGAGCCUUGUGUAGGAUUAAAGACGUUGAUCAGGCCAAAGAGUUGGUUUUGAAAAUGAUUGCUGAUGGUCCGCUUCCUGGAAAUGCUGUUUUCAAUUAUGUUAUUACCGGUUAUUCCAAAGUUGGGGAAAUGGGACAAGCUGUGGAGAUGUUGAGGCUACUUGAAAGUAGGGGUUUGAAACCAGAUGUGUACUCGUAUUCUGUUAUUGCUAGUGCUUAUUCGAAUGGAGGCGAGAUGGAAGAGGCUAGGAAGAUCUUGGAGGAAGCUAAAAAGAAUCAUUCGAAGUUAAGCCCUGUCAUGUAUCACACUCUAAUCCGCGGAUAUUGCAAAUUGGAACGGUUUGAUGAGGCUUUGGAGUUGUUGACUGAGAUGAAGGAUUUUGGGGUACGUGCUUCUGCUGAUGAAUACGAGAAGCUGAUCCAGUCUCUCUGCUUGAAGGCUUUGGAUUGGGAAAAAGCAGAAAAGCUGCAAGAAGAAAUGAAAGAAAAGGGUUUACAUCUCAAGGGCAUCACUAGGGCCCUAGUUAGAGCUGUCAAGGAAGCGGAAAAGGAGGCCGUGGAGGCACAAAGCGAAAGUUUAGUGGCCUGAACAGGAGAAGCCUGGUAUUUGUAAUUUUUUUCUUAGGUUACAUUCUCCAUACCAAAAACUACUGAGAGGAGAAAUUUUCUGAAGUUAUUAUUGAUGAGUUUGCUUACUAGCUUUUUUGAUAUAAUCAAUCUUGUUUAAUUCCCCCAGUUUAGUGUUGACAGUGACACAUAUAAUCAGAUUUCUUUAUUUUCGACUAAUUAAUGUCACACAAUAACUACAUAGCACUUACACUGUGCUGUUUCAGUGCCUCUUUCA